UACAUAUGUUUGUUUACUUUAAUAAUUUGUUAUUACCACUGUAACCUUGAGCGUUCUAUUUGUUAUAAAACAGCUGAUUUAUUGAUAUAGUGUUUAAUUCUUUUAUUAUUUUCAUCAACGGCAAAGAGAAACCCGGCGUUAUUAUAAGCGGUCAUAGACGCGAAUAAUUUCCUAGGACAGACUCUCAUCAGUUGUUUUAGUAAUUCCGGUAAUUCUGGGGGCUUUAAAUGUGAUCACAUGAUCUCAUGUAAUUGCGUUAAAUUAAACGUUGCGUUAAACCGUUUCAACGCGGAAGAACAGAUGACAUCAUCAGAGGGAACUUCGGGGAUUUUUCCCGAACACUGUCAGGAUGGCUGGAGAAAAGUGUGACUCUGAUCAUAAUCACGAUUCUUCUGACGACUGCGUGAAAGAAACGUGUAUUUUCUGUAGAAUCGCAAACAGAGACGAUCCAUCCACUGAGAUAUUGGCGGAAGAUGAGGACAUUGUUUGUUUCAAGGACAUUGAUCCAGGUGCACCUCAUCACUACCUGGUUAUACCAAAGAAACAUAUCCAUAGCUGUUUGUCACUCCAAGCAGAUGAUAUAAAUCUAGUGAAGAAGAUGGCAGAUAUGGGAAGAGAUGUACUGAAAGCCAAGAAUGUCACAAAUUUGAAAGACAUCAGUCUAGGUUUCCAUGUGCCUCCUUAUAUCACUGUUCCACACCUGCACCUCCAUGUUCUAGCACCUUUCAGUCAAUCGUUUGGAUGGUCAAGGUGCAAGUAUACAGCCAUCUGGUACCUCACUGAGGAGAUGCUGCUUAAGAAACUGAGGAAGAAUAAAAAAGAAAACAAUGGACAUGUAACAAUUGCAUGCUGCCAUGUGUAGCUAUGUGAGCCUUGUUACUGAACAAAAAACUUGAAAUCACAAGGCACUUUAGUGAAGAUCAGUGGUCAUUGAUUCUUUUCAUUUUCAUAUUUUUAUAUUUUUAUAUAAUGCUAAAGUAUUUUAAAAACUUGGAUGGUGUCCUUAGAACUGUAAAUUACUAUUUAUAACUAAAGAGUAAUCUAAACAAUAAUGUCUAAUGUUAUUAAAUGGAUGGAAAUGUUGAUUUUUGUAUGAUUGAUUAUGUUAGUACACAUUUUACAUGCUAUAUUGUGAAAGAUUUAUACAGUGAGCCAUGUUUUCUUCAGUGUUCAUGGUCAUGUUCUUUAGAUAUUGACCAGAGGGCCACAUCCUGUCUUAAGUGUGCAGUUCUUGGCGUGAGUAAGCUGCUAGGUGACUCUAAGUCAAGGUAAAUGUGCCAAAGCACUACACAUGCCAGAAAUUAAGAAAUACUGUAAAAGGUUAAUGGAGAAAGGUUAAACAGACUUGCAGUACAAUCAUCGAAACAUAGUAGCAUGGAUCAAGUAAGUUCUUUUUUUUUUUUUUUUUUUUUUUUUUAAUUUA